CGCCUCCCGUGUACCCGUUUUUAAUUUAGUCUACCUCGAAUUGCUGACCACCGCUGACUACGCCGUCUAACCAAUAGGCCGGCGUCAUAUCCAGUAUUAUCCAACGUGUAGUCACGACGUGUAGCCGGAGCCGGCUCAGUCGUGUGAUAAACGCGGAGGCACCUGGGUAGGCUCUGCCGCGUCUGCACAUCCGUCGACCGCCUCAGUGAAUCGUCCUCGAACAAUGGAUCCGUGAACCCCGUGAAACGGAACCGCGGACAGCUGAUCAAUUGGUUGCUUAACCAUAGUGUUUCGAAAACUAUUGUGUCGAUCGAUCGUCGUGUUUUUGUUUCCUUCGAAUCCUGAUCACCGUGAGAUCCAGUGGAAAUUGGAAUAUUGGAUAUUUGGUACCAUCCAGGAAGUUGAGAAAAUCAAGGUAUCAACUUGGUGGAAGAAUUAUCAUAAGAGAAUGAGCCUUCGUUGGAUUCACGAGAACUUGGAGGCACCGACAUGCGACGAGGAAUGCAGCGACAUCGAUGACAGUUGUAGCGACGAUAGCUACGAUUCCGAUCUAUCGAUCGGCGAGGAGAAAGGGCCGGGUAGCGAAAAGGAGAUCAAUGGGGAUCGUAGGAGGAAAAGGGAGACCAGGAGGCAUCCGACCACUACAGUGAAGUUCGACGAGAACGGAACUUCGCAUUACAUCACGUCGGAAUCGGUUAAACGCUCUCCUUGCGUAAUAUGGGAUCCUAGGAAACCGGCACAAAAUCCUGUGUACAAUUGUUUGGUAAUCAAAUUGUUCUGUCGAACCGGAUAUCAUCUCGGUGUGUCGGAGUCCGGUCGUGUUCGAGGCUUGAGUGCUACGAAUGAACCACAUGCUUUGCUUCAUAUCAUACCGGUGUCGUUUGGAGUGGUACGAAUACAAAAUAUCGAGACUAGUCUUUAUCUAGCUUUCAACAAGAAAGGUCGUUUGUAUGGAGAGUUAAAUGGAAAUAAAGAUAAUACUGAAUGGGAACAAUGGAACGUUGGUUCUUACGAUGCUUUUCGAUCGCGAAAGUAUGCGAAUUAUGGAUGGUGGAUAGGAAUAAAGAAGAAUGGUCGUGCGAAACCAGGACCAAGAACUAGUUGGGGCCAAAAAUCGAUACAAUUUUUAGCUAUACGACAAGAAUAAUUUCUAUGAACAUUUUAUAUAUAUUUACAAUAAAUUAUAUAGAGAUGGUUAUUUGAAUUAUUGACGAAAGAAAAUAAAAAAAAUAAAAAUUUAAAUUUAAAUGAAAUAAAUUAAGUCAAAUGACAAAUCAAAUGCAUAAUACGAAUUAAUAUAAAACUUUGUAAUAAAUGUAAUUUUUUACUAACAACGAAAAUCAAAUGUUCUCAACAGGAAAAAUAUACAAAUUCGUUACUUUCUAUGAGAAAUAAAUAAUUGUUUUCCAAUAGAA